AUGUCUGAGAUUGACUAUGAGAAGUUAGCUGAAAUAGAACUGCAGAAAGAUGAAGCAGAUGAUACACAGUCAGAGCAGGAAGAAACGUUUAUGCCUCCACCACUUGAGGAUCCUGAGCUAAAUAUCAAUCACCCCUACUAUGAUGUUGCAAGACAUGGCAUCAUCCAGUUAGCAGGUGAUGACAAUUCUGGAAGGAAGGUGAUUACCUUCAGUUGCUGCCGUAUGCCCCCCUCCCAUCAGCUCAAUCACACCAGGUUGCUGGAGUACUUAAAGUAUACUCUGGACCAGUAUGUAGAGAAUGAUUAUACGGUUGUCUACUUUCACUAUGGUCUGAAGAGUCUGAAUAAACCAUCUCUGAAAUGGUUACAAACAGCCUACAAGGAAUUUGACAGGAAGUAUAAGAAAAACCUUAAAGCACUCUAUGUUGUACAUCCAACCAACUUCAUAAAAAUUCUGUGGAAUAUCUUUAAACCUCUUAUAAGCCAUAAAUUUGGGAAAAAAGUCACCUACUUGAACUAUUUAAGUGACCUGGGAGAGCAUCUCAAAUACGACCAGCUCAAUAUCCCUCAAGAAGUCAUCCGACAUGAUGAAAAUCUUCGGAGGAAACAGAAGGGAAAACUGCCACCUGUGGUUAAGGUUCCUCCACCACGGCCACCUCUACCUACCCAGCAAUUUGGAGUCAGCCUGCAAUAG